GAAAUACAAUCGCGGUGGCUUUUACGAAACGCAUCUGAUUUGUCCUCUUCAGGUCGCCGUAGCGGGAUUUCUUGAAAAUGGCGGAGAAGAAAAUAGCAGUGCGCUCUCAGGACCCGGGCCAGCGGCGCGUGCUGGAUGUAGCGACUCGGCAGCGGAGGCUCACGCGGCAGCUCGAGGCGCUCGAGAAGGACAACUUCCAGGACGAUCCGCACGCGAGCCUCCCGCCGCCCGUGAAGCGCCUGCCGCAUUUCGAUGAGAAUGACGAACCCGGGAAACGGAGGAAGAAGACCAGAGGUGACCAUUUCAAGCAACGUUUCCGGAAAAAUUUCCAGGCCCUGCUCGAGGAGGAGGAAUUGAGUGUGAGUGAGGGUCCGAACUAUCUGACAGCAUGCGCUGAGCCAUCGAAGCUUCCUCAGCGUCAUUUCUGUGCCGUGUGUGGCUUCCCUUCCAACUACACCUGUGUGUCCUGCGGAGCUCGCUACUGCUGCGUACGCUGCUUAGCGACACAUCAUGAGACCAGGUGUCUGAAGUGGACCGUAUGAUCCUGCAUACUCGAGGGUUGAAAAUCCAACUUCACCCUCGAUCACCUUAGAAUUAAAACUGUGUGUUGGGCUACAGUGCUGAUGGGCCGAGGACGCUGGUUUUUAGCGUUUUCAUGUUCAAGUAUGGCCUGAAGAGAAACCGGGUUCCUUGGUGCAGUUUGGGAUGAACUUCUCAGCACAAUGACACUAUGGCGGUAGCAAGAAAGCUUGCAAAAUAAUCAUGGUGCAAGAAAAGACUGAAACAAUCAUCUCAAAUGCUGACUUUGAUGUCCGUCAUUUUUUAGAAGAGCCAUGCAGCUGGACUGCAGCUUCACAGGAUCAGAGUUUCUCCAACACCACUGGAAUUGGUCAUUAUACUCCCAAUCCCCUGUAUUCUAGCACAGAUGUGGAGAUAAACAUUUUGUCUUUCUGCAAGGCUAUAUUAGCUUGUCUGAACUUUUGUUUUGAAAAUUAUUUAUUCUAAUGGUAUUUUGUGCUUCAGCUAAAUUUUCUCAUGGUGUCAGUUUCCAUCUGACAGCAUCGACUCCACUGUGUGAUGGAAAUCGUGAGGGAAGUAUGUUUCAUACACAACAGAAUGAUCUUCUAAUGAAUAAACUUCAGUCUUUUCUGUAGGUAUGUAGUCAUUAGGCUAGCUAUAGGCCAGUUAGAGUAAACCUUUGCUUCAGACUUUGUCUUGUUGCUCUACUGAUGCUGAAAUAACUCGAAUGUAAAUAAAUAUUAUAAAAGGAU